AUGGAUCAGAAGAUCGACAGUAAACCCACGAACUCUGUGCAUGAGGCACUUUCGAGCUCACUCAUCAAACCUCAGGCUCGAACGCCGUACGACCCGGCCGUGACCUUCGAAGAAUACCACUACUAUGCGCAGAAGACCAGAGAGGAGGAACUGACCCUCGAGUCCCCUGUCAUGAAUGUGCGACAGUUCUUUGAGCGAAAGAGUUACCAAGAUAAUCGCAAUGCUGUCCCUAUUGCGAAUCUGACAGGGGAUGAUUUCAGAAGCCGCGAGAAUCGACUCCAAAUCACUGACGAGGAGUGGGCAAAUGCGAGUCGUUCCUUUAGAUCUGCCUCUUGGGGUGCUUGUUUCUUCUUGAUCACCACUGAUAUUCUCGGGCCCUGGGGCUCUGGCUUCACAAUGGGUACAUUGGGUUGGGGACCUGGUGAGACUGAUGAUUGGAAGGACACUGGAUACAACAAUCUGACAAUCAGUAUAGGCAUUGCAUUCUACACGGUUUUUGGGUUCAUGGCCGGAUACUCUGGAUAUCUCAUUUGGCGCAUUUUCCUCGGCAUCGACAGCUACCAAUUUCCGGUCAAGAACUAUGGCGAUGUUGGAUUCAGAACACUGGGUCGCUGGGGUCGCUAUUUCACAAACGUAUGCCAGGGUCUCUCACUACUUUUGAUCACGGGCCAAGUGACCAUCCUAAUGGGCCAGAACAUCUCCCAGAUGUCCAAGUUCAAACUGUGCUAUGCCGUCUGCCCAGUUAUUUUUGCUUGUGCCGGGUUCGCGAUUUCGCAGAUUCGGACACUCAGAUCUUAUGGCUGGGUUGCCAAUUUCGCAGUUUUUAUGAACCUGUUUGUGAUUUUCAUGACGAUGGCUAUUAUUGCUCAGUCGCCACCGAAUUAUAAAGCCGCGAAGCUAGGAUCUGCAGGCAGUGCGGUGGACAAAACGACCAUCACACCCGAUAAAGACGGAAACUAUCCCGCAAUUAUGCACUACAACACAAUCCCCGCCGACGGACUCAUUGGUGCGUUGACUGGAAUGCUUUCGGGCGUUUUGGCGUAUGCUGGCGUUCAACUCUUUGUGGAGUUCCUGGCCGAGAUGAAGCGACCUCGCGACUUUAUCAAAGCAAUGUGGCUAGCGCAAUUCUUUAUCUACAGCGUCUACCUCGUGUACGGCUGCGUGAUCUACUAUCUCCAGGGACAAUAUAGCUACAACCCGAGCUAUCAGGGACUCAGUGUCUAUGGAUGGCAGACCGCCGGUAACAUAAUAACCUUAGUCUCGGCGCUAAUCGCAGGUGGUUUGUACGGCAACAUUGGCAUAAAGGUUAUUUACAACAACGUUUUUAUCGACAUCUUCCAAGCACCCCCACUCACUACUCGGACUGGCAAGGUUUUCUAUGCUGCAUGCGUUCCAGUGUGGUGGAUCAUUGCAUUUGUCAUUGCAGCUGCGGUCCCGGAUUACAUAGGCUUCGUCAGCGUCAUAUCGGCCUCAAUGCUGCUGACUCUGACUUAUAGCCUCCCUCCACUGUAUGCACUUGGCUUUGAUAUUCAGAAGAAUUCGAUUCGGUGGGAAUGUAGUGAAGGUUUUGACCCAAUCUCUGGACGAGUGACUCGGUCGGGGAAUUCCACUCAAAGGCUUUGUCGCGGGUUCUUUGCCGGUGGCGCCUUGCAAGUUGGAGUCAACGUUUGGCAUAUCAUCUACUUUUUGGCAUCCCUUGCUAUGUGCGGCCUGGGGAUGUAUGCGGCUGUUUUGGGAAUGAUUUCGGCAUUCAAGGAUCCGCAAUUGAACUCUUUCUCUUGCGUCUCGCCGCUCAACCUGAAUGCCUAG